AUGAAUGAAGACAAUGCCCGUUUCUGCCUGCUGGCUGGACUCAUCCUGCUCUACUUGUUGUGUGGAGCGGCCAUCUUCUCAGCCCUGGAGCACCCCUUUGAGCUGCGUGCCCGCCGCCUCUGGAAACAGCAGCUGGACAACUUUACCCAGAGAUACAGGGUCAACCUGGGGGCCUUGCACACGCUGCUGCGGCAGUACGAGGAGGCGAACGGAGCUGGGAUCCGAGUGGACGCGCUGAGGCCCCGCUGGGACUUUGCGGGAGCUUUCUACUUCGUGGGCACAGUGGUCUCCACGAUUGGCUUUGGCAUGACCACACCGGCGACCAUAGCUGGAAAGAUAUUCUUAAUCUUCUAUGGUCUCAUGGGCUGUGCUGCCACCAUUCUCUUCUUUAACCUCUUCCUGGAGAGGAUCAUCACAAUGUUAGCUUACAUCAUGCGCUGGUGUCACGAGCGUCGGCUCCGGUGUGCUGGAGUCGGGGUGGUGUCGAGCAGGGAAGAGUCCUCCGGCGAGGAGGACAGCCUGGAAGACUGGAAGCCAUCCGUCUAUUAUGUCAUGCUGAUCCUGUGUGUGGCCUCGGUGGUGAUUGCAUGCAGCGCCUCCACCCUGUACAGCCCCAUGGAGAACUGGAGCUACGUGGACUCCCUCUACUUCUGUUUUGUGGCCUUCAGCACCAUCGGCUUCGGGGACCUGGUGAGCAGUCAGAGACAGCAGUAUGAGUCUCAGGAGGCCUACCGACUUGGGAACUGCAUUUUCAUCUUAAUGGGGGUGUGUUGUAUCUAUUCACUCUUCAAUGUCAUUUCUAUUAUCAUCAAGCAAACUCUGACCUGGAUUGUGGGUAAACUGGUGUGCUCGGGGCGUUAUCCGUCCUGCUCCUGCUCUCGACCCGGACAAAAACGCUUCAAACGCAACACCGUGCAGCCCAUCUCAUCCCGCUGUCCCGCAGGAAGACCCUGCUACGCGGACGGCUCAGUGGAGACGGUGUGUGACAGUGAGACGGAUGCAGGUGCAGUCGCUGACGGGGUCUUUGCAGGCCGCCGUCUAUCAGGAGAGAUGAUCUCGGUCAAUGAGUUCACGAUGUCCAACAAGGUGUCUCUGGCACUGCUCCAGAAGCAGUUGAGCGAAACAGCUCAUCAGGGUCCGCGGCAAAGCUACAGACAUCAGAAUGGAUUCUCUGGGGGUGUGGGGGCCUUGGCCAUUAUGAAUAAUCGCCUACAGGAAACCAGUGUGGAUAGGUAG